CUCCUCUCAAAUUUCAAAUCAAAGUCAAGCGUUCUCUUCUCUCCCGACUCGCUACGCCGCUCGUUCUCUCCUUCUACAGCCACAGAUCAGAGUCUUUCUUUAUACCUUGCCGUCGCCUCCGCAGCAGUCGUGCUCUUCAAGCGUACAAGUGCCAGUGAUUUGGUAAAGUCGUAACGAGCUUGGGUAAAGUCAUGGUUGUUUUUGUGAAGAUCGGAUCCUGAUUGCGGUUCACUCCUCUGAUCAACUCACGCCAUUUUGCCGUGAUCCUAUUCGACCAGCCAUUCUGUUCUUGAGUCUCGAACUGCUGCUCGCUCGACGUCUCGAGGCCCUCCAUCACCUCCAGUCCUCCUCCUGUUACCAUCAGUGCUUCUUACAAUUUUGUGUUUUUUUUAUUAUCUCCUGCUGAAACCCUAACAAUCAAAACCCAAAAAUAAUCAAUCAUAAGAAGUUCAAGGUAUAGAAUAGGUGAAGAUGAAAUUAGAUGUGGAAGUCUUGAGAUAUCUCAGCAAAGAAGAAUUUAGGGUUCUCACUGCUGUUGAGAUGGGCAUGAGGAAUCAUGAAAUUGUACCUACAGUGCUCAUUGAUCGUAUAGCUUCUCUCAAAAAUGGAGGGACAUACAAGGUUUUGAAAAGCUUGCUCAAGCAUAAGCUGCUGCACCAUGAUUCCUCCAAGUAUGAUGGGUUUCGGCUCACUUACCUUGGAUAUGAUUACCUUGCCAUUAAAACGUUGCUCAAUCGUGGAGUAUUUAGAGCUGUUGGUCGUCAAAUCGGAGUUGGAAAGGAGUCUGAUAUAUUUGAGGUUUGUACAGAGGAUGGUACUAUAUUGGCAAUGAAGUUGCAUAGGCUUGGCAGAGUUUCUUUCAGGGCUGUCAAAUCUAAGCGUGAUUACUUGAGGCAUCGUCGUAAUUACAAUUGGCUCUACUUGUCCCGUCUAGCUGCACUAAAAGAAUUUGCUUUUAUGAAGGCUUUGGAAGAACAUGGAUUUCCUGUUCCACAAGCUGUGGACUGUAAUAGGCAUUGUGUUGUUAUGUCACGUGUCCAAGGUUAUCCACUUGUGCAGGUGAAGCAAUUGCAAAAUCCAGAAACAGUUUUUGAAACAAUAAUUGGUGUUGUUAUUCGUCUUGCAGAACAUGGUCUCAUUCAUUGUGAUUUCAAUGAAUUUAAUAUUAUGAUCGAUGAUGAUGAGAAGAUCACUGUGAUUGAUUUCCCUCAGAUGGUAUCUGUAUCACAUCGGAAUGCUCAAAUGUACUUUGACCGCGAUGUAGAAUGCAUCUUUAAGUUUUUUAGCAAGAGAUUUAAUCUGUCCUUUCAAGAACACACAGAUGAAAUUGAUGGUUCAGAUGUAGAUUCGGAUGAAACCGGCAGACCUACUUUUUCUUCUAUAUCAAAAACAGUCGGUUUUCUCGACAAGGAGCUUGCUGCCAGUGGAUUUACAAGGAAAGAUCAGAAUGACAUUGAGAAAUUCAUUGAAGGUGGGAGUGAAAAAGAUACAAGCUCUGACACUGAAGGAACUGAAGACGAAGAACAUGCAUCUGAGUCAAAUGAAACAACCAUAAAAAAGUUAGAUUCUUUGCAGUUGGCAGAUCAGGAAGAAUGCACUUCAAAUGCUUAUGAGGAUGACAAAGUAGAUGAGAAUCAACAAAGCUAUGAAGCAAGUCAAAACAAUGAGUCAGAAACACAAGAAGUGAGUGACAAGGAAGAAGAUAAUCAGACUGUAGAUACAUAUGAUGCUGAACUGAGCAAGCGCCUUAACAAGCAGAGAAGACGCGCUAUAGCAGUUGCCCGAAGGGGACAGAAGAGUCUUGCUUCUAGAAAUUCUUACAAAGACAAAGGUGGUAAAUCCUCUCAUAAUUCAAAACUUCAGAAACAGUUGAGCAACUGGUGAACUAUAAAAAUACAUAACUAAAUAAAAAAAGUGAAGAGGUUUGAAUUCGGUUCUACCACUCAGCAUGAUAGAUACUAUAGUGGAUGAUUUUUACCCAUAUGGAUGGUUUAUUUUAUAUUAAGAUUAAAAUACAUAUGAGAAGUUUGUAAUACAGACGUUGGGAAAAAGUUUUGCCUUAUUUGUAGGAUACUUGCCAUUAAUACAAGUUAAAUUUUCUUUUGCUUCGACUGAGUUCGUUGGGAAGUGGAGGUAGAAGAGUCUUAUAAUUGCAA